UGUGCUCAAAGCUGUGGUAGGAAUACGCACUCACCAGAUGCGUAUUGUUAAUACGCAUGUAAUAUGUAUAAUCAGAGGUCCCCUUUAAGGAUGGAUGAGGUAAGCCGGGUACGGAAUAUCCUCCCUCUGGAUGGUAUACAGCUCAAUCAGAGGUCCCCUUUAAGGAUGAUGGGUGUUUGCAGCCAGGGAUGGAAAAUCCCUCCUCUGGGUCCUUUGGGAUAAAUUAGAGCGGAGACUGCGAGCCAGGCCUUCUCAUUCAACAUUAGUGCCUGACCUCACAAAUAGUCAAACA